AGUUCUCCCUGUCAGCUUGUGCACACUGCUUUAGAUGGCUGUGCAGAGUACAGCCAUGUAAAGCGGUGUGCUUACAGUGAAGCACAGGGACACAGCACAUAGUGAAACAGCACACAGUUAACCCUUUGAUCGCACCUCAUCUUAACCCCUACCUGCCCAGUGCCAUUAGUACAGUGUCAGUGCUGCUUUUUUUUUUAGCACUGAUCACUGCAUUGGUGUCACUGGGGAUGUCAGUGACACCAAAUCAGUUACCCCUAGUGCCAGUAUGCCCGCCGCAGUCCCGCUAUAAGUCACUGAUCAUUCAUAGUAAAAAUAAAAAAAAUCCCUAUAUAUAUACCGCCAUUUGUAGAUGCUAUAACUUUCACGUAAACCAAUUACAUUUA